AUGGCCUCACCACAUCCCGGUGACGACGACUGCAGUCUGUCCGAUUCCACCUACGAGAUUAUUCCCCGCGACAGCACAGACGAAGGCAGCCUGGAUGGCCACACAGACUCCAUAUCUGAGUCUUUCUCUGAGCUCGACAGGUAUCCAAAUGUCGAAGAGGUCCAGGUUCUCCCACAUGGUUUGGACGCCAUGAGCAACAGUGUAGGAAGUGCCUUUGAAUCUGACUCUGAGCCCGAUGACGACGCCUCUCCUGAAGACGCCCCCCUCUCCGGGCAGGAGGAGCGCGCUGCCCACUCCUAUCACGAUGCAGACGAAUUAUUACGCAGCUCUUUCACCCAAGCCUCUAUCCCCCGGCCGUUUCCACCAACAUCGACGGGCUCCAUCGAAUUCAGUGAGCCAGAGGAUGUUGACGUACACAUCGACAAGAUUUCUGUGAAGCAUACCAUCAGGGAGUUCACUGAAGAGGAGGCUACACAUCUUCUUCACAGCCUGGAUUUGACUGACGUACCUAAUCGCCUUUGCGCCACUAUCCGGCAGACGAUGUCCCAGAGGUGUCUGUCAACCCACGAGGCGUUUCGGGUUUUGUAUCUCGGCAACGAGAGCAUGAAGGGCGAGAUAAUACUCAAGAUUUCUCGUGCCAUCACUUGCUCGUCGUCGGUCGACUACAACGAGAACAAGGUGCUCCGCAGAAAUACCGAGGGCGUCUACAACAUAGUGCCUGUGACAUUCGGUGCUGUCAAGGACCGGGACGUCGAGCUUAUGGAGGCGUCGGCCUUCCAAAUCAAAGUCGACACCUGUGUUGAUGCAGACAAGAUCCCUAUUGAGGGAGCCUUCUUCAGUGACGACAUCGUUUACUCUCUAACAGUCGACGGAGGCAAUGGCGGCAAGAAGUACAAGUCAGUCCCUGCUGGUGGCCCAGAGGGAGCUCAAGUCCAGCCCGCAUGGAGCCUCCCUCACGUGGCUGUGAUCUACUGCUGCGAUUUUGAUGAUGCGGAGAUGAGAAGCACUCAGCAGGUGACUUGGGAGUUCUGCAAACGCCAUGCCAUUCCCUGUCUCUACAUUUCAGACCACUCGGCUUUGGUGAGCCCUGUCGUAGGACGGUGGCGGAACUAUACAAACGAGCACGCUGUUCACCUCUCACUCGAGUCCAGAGAGGCCAAAUCCAGGGAAUCGGGCUGGUCUGAGCAAAGGUUCCCCAUUGAUUUGACCUCAUUCCUUAAUAUCGACAACCGCCAGAUGAAUCAGAACCUCGCCUACUUGACAGGUCUUCAAGAGCCACCUGCGGUCGCUGAUGAGAAGGUGCAAAGUACCGCCUCCCUGGGCAGUGGUCAAAGAGACAUACCAGACCAGGAAUCGAAGGAAUGGAAGGCUUAUGCCGAAAAGUUCUUGGAGCCUUACCUCCAGCUCAUGGAGGACUAUCGCUACUUCUCCCUCCUCUGCUCCGUGGCUCUGCUCCUGCUGGUUGCUGUAUCUGCCUGGCUCAUCAAUGUCAUCACUCCUACUCCGAUCAGCAACCCAGCUGGAUACUCGGGGGUGAAUGUCCUUCUAGAAACACCAGCAGGAAUAACAACAGCAACUGCAACAGUCACUGUCAGCCACACUUCGACGAAAACCGUCAAGCUUGCGACUGCGGAGACACCUGCCUUCGGCGGACUACUCUCUGACUUAGCUUAUACUGUGAGCUCAGAGCCCGGCCCGAAGGACAGCGUCUGCACUGUCGAGAUGUACAGCGGGAACGAGAUCCUUCUCAAACUCCCAUCUGGAACCAAGACAUCGUGGUUGGCCAAGGGCGCAAUCGAGGUCGAUGUCUUCCGCGGCAACAGCCCUGUCAAGUCGAGACUGUCUAGUAUCGACGAAGGCAUCCUUGUUGAAAUCAAUUCGAAGGAUGCUUACGGUGUAGUCAAUGUGUCUGUCGUCACCACGCGGAAACCCAAGAUCAACGAGACGUUUGCCAUUGACUUUGGGACUUCAACCUUGCUUGGGGUCUUGGAAGCAGCAAAGGUCACCCUCGAGGAAGUGGCUCAGAUGCUUUCUGACAAGGCGAACGAUGCAGCCAAUCUGAUUGAAGUCAACUAUGCCUCAUCCUUCGCCUCAACAGAGGAGAGUGUUAGGAACGAGGUAACGUCCUGGUGGGAGGCGAUCAAAGACACCGGCCACGCUGCACGUACCUUCUCUUCUGGAAAGGCCGGGGAGACGUUCGAUCGGGUCAAAGACUCUUUCCAGUCUGGGGGAAUCUUUUCAUAUCUCGAUGAUGCUCGCCAGACUUUGACUGAGCAGCGAGCCCGCGUGGUAGAGGAUGCGGCCAAUUUUCGUGAUGGAGCUCGCCAGACUUUCAUGGAGAAGCGAGAUCGCGUGUUAGAGGAUGCGGCGAAAAUCCGUGAUGAUCUUGAUCUUGCUGUUCUCAAGGCGCAGAUUACGUCAAAGCUGUGGUGGCUAAAGGCCCAGGGCAAGUCAGAUGAGCAUGAUGAGUACGAGCGUCAGGCUCGCUCAUUCAUCAAGAAGAAGCGCCACGAGGCCCUCAAGACCAAACAGCUGCGAGAGGCCUCUGUUGGGUCAAGUAAAUGCCCUCGAACGGGAGACAGCCCAUGCCGGUGCAAGAACAAGGGACUCAGCCGGUGGAAGGUCUAG